UGAAGGCAACAACAUUUGAGGAAGCAAACAAAGGGUGGUCCCCACCUUUAACAUCUCUGUUUUCUCAAAAAUCUUCCUGGUCUGGUCUGGUCUACCCGGAUCUAAUCCCGUUUUGAAUCCACCUGUGUUUGUUUUUCUUCUGCUUCACACUUCUGAUCUCAUCUAUACGUGAGAAUAUCUCUAAUAGAAUAUCAAGAUUUAUAAUCUUUAAUAAUAUUUUGGUGGAUCCUGUGAUAUCACUGUAAAGAUUUUUCUUUUUCUUUUCAAUCAAAAAUCAAUGAUUUUAAAUUACUUCUUGUAGAUCUCAAAAGGACUUACUUCCUAAUAUUUAGAGUGACCCCCAUGGAGGGUUGGGUUAAUUUUUCUUUUUUCUGAUUCUCAUGAUGAUCUUGUAAUGUUUUUCUACAAAAACAGUUUUACUAUCCUGGAGAUCAAACCCCUCCCUCCAAGAGUAGAUCUUUAAAAAAUCUGUUUUUGCAUCUAAGAUAAGGUGUAAGAAAGAGGUGCUAUCAGUCUCUCACACCUCACCUCGUUUUGCUUUUUUAACUUUUUGAUGUUACCAUCUUUAUUCCCUUUGGGUAUCUUUACAAAGCACAGCAAAGAAAUUCACUGAGAAAGAGAAAGCGAAGGGUGAUGAUGGAGUGAAUUAAGUACAAAUGAAAGAUGAACAGAAAAUAUUGAAUUGGGUCAAUCAGAUCUAAUCUAUAGAGUAUAAGUAGGUAAUUGACAAAGGAGUGUUAUUUAUGGCUACAUAUACCAAAAGCACUAUAGUGAAGGGGGUCAAGUCAAGUGCCCAAGAUGUCUCUUCCAAGCCCAAGAUUGAUUCUUUAGCUCUCAAGAAGAAGCUGAACACCUCAAUCAAACGCCCACCUGAUUCUAAUCUGAAGUCUGUCACCACCACUGUCACAAAAUCUGAGGUUAAAUCAAAACCGGUAACUGCAUCAUCAGCAUCGUCCAAAACAAUAACAACGACAACUACUACCAAAACCAAAGUGAGAGAGAAGAAAGUCUAUAGUCUGCCUGGCCAGAAACAUGAUCCUCCAGAACAGAAAGAACCUCUGAGGAUUUUUUAUGAGUCAUUGUCAAAACAAAUGCCAACAAGUGAAAUGGCGGAAUUUUGGUUAAUGGAACAUGGGUUGCUAUCUCCUGAAAAAGCUAAGAAAGCAUUUGAGAAAAAGCAGAGGAAGCAAAAGGAGCUUCGAACAGGAACUCCUGUUAAGGUAUCAAAGCCUCCAACUAAGACUGCAAUGUCACAGAAACAACAACAGGUAUCAAAGAACAGUGACAUAAAAGCCAACAAAAGAAUUGUCGAUGAGAGUGAUGAUGAUGACGAUUUCGUUUUAAGUCAUAAAAGAAGAAAAUGGUAAGAGGAAGGAAAGCCUUUCAUAAUGUUUAUUUAAUAAAAAUAAAAAUAAAAGGAAGAAAUGUUGUAUUCUCGAAAUAAUUGUUAGAUAAAAACAUUCUUCAUGUUUCCAACUUAGUCAUACAAUAAGGGACAUGCAAUUGACGUGCCUCUCGGAAUCUACAUUAUGACAAUGGAAAUUGCUUCCCUCUGUUACCUCAGUGCCUUGAAAUUGAUAAACAUUCUGCAGAACAAUUUAACUACCUCUUUCUUCCCACACAAAUAUAUAACAUUACCCUUCAAUUUGAGGUC